UUUAAAAUUAAAAAGAUCAACACAAGAUAUCCAAGAAGAAAGUUAGCUCUACUUGAAUAUAUCGAGAGAUUAGAGAGAGUUUUUGAAGUAACUUGAGUUGCAGAAAGCUUGAAAAAUGAGCACGACAAUGGCGCCACCACCCCCGGUGGUUGAUACUGAAAAAUUAGCACGUUCAUUGGAGGAGACACCGACAUGGGCUGUUGCAGUGGUGUGUUUAGUUAUUGUUGUUGUUUCAAUCUUCAUCGAACAUGGCAUUCACAUGCUCGGCAAGUGGUUGAAGAAAAGAAUAAACCAGCUCUAUACGAAGCACUCGACAAGGUUAAAAUAGAGCUGAUGCUGAUGGGAUUUAUAUCAUUCCUACUAACAGUAUUUAAAGACAGUAUAGCUGACAUUUGCAUAUCAAAAAGCGUUGCGGACACGUGGCAUCCUUGUGAUAAGAAUUCCAAGGCUAAAUACCCUCCUAAAGAGACUGAUAAAUGUCGAGAAAAGGGAAAAGUAGCAUUUGUGUCGACAUAUGGAAUCCACCAGCUUCAUGUAUUCAUCUUUGUGUUGGCAAUCUCUCAUAUUCUGUAUUGCAUUACCACCUAUGUUUUGGGAAGUUACAAGAUGAAGACGUGGAAGACUUGGGAAAAUGAAACCAAGACUGUUGAAUAUCAAUAUUACAAUGAUCCUGAGAGGUUCAGAUUUGCAAGGGACACUUCAUUUGGACGUAGACAUUUGAGCUUUUGGAGUAGCUCCACUUUAUCUGUUUGGAUUGUGUGUUUCUUUAGACAAUUUUAUGGAUCAGUUACAAAGGUUGAUUACUUGACAUUGAGACAUGGAUUUAUCAUGGCACAUUUGCCACCAGAAAGGGAAACAAAAUUCGAUUUUCAGAAAUACAUAGAAAGAUCAUUAGAAGAUGAUUUUAAAGUUGUAGUUGGAAUCAGUCCUAUCAUAUGGUUUAUUGCAGUCUUCUUCCUUCUUGCCUAUACACAUGGAUGGAGAUCUUAUUUGUGGCUUCCUUUUAUCCCCUUAAUUAUAAUUCUAAUGGUUGGAACCAAGCUGCAAGUGAUCAUAACAAAAAUGGGGUUAAGGAUUCAAGAGAGAGGGGGUGUGGUGAAGGGUACACCACUGGUUGAACCAGGCGAUGAACUCUUCUGGUUCGGCCGCCCUAGCUUCCUCCUCCUUCUCAUUCACAUCGUUCUUUUUACGAAUGCAUUUCAACUGGCCUUUUUCGUGUGGAGCACGUAUGAAUUCACCAUAAAUUCUUGCUACCAUGAGAAAGUUGAAGAUAUCGUCAUCAGAAUCUCUAUGGGGGUCAUUAUACAGGUUCUUUGCAGUUACGUCACUCUUCCACUCUAUGCUUUAGUGAACCAGAUGGGAACAAAGAUGAGACCAACAAUCUUCAAUGAAAGAGUUGCAGAUGCACUUAAGAAUUGGCGUGACACAGCGAAGGAAAAUACUAAACACGGCAGGCGUUCGGAGAAUACAACGCCAUUUUCAAGCAGGCCGGGAACUCCAACACGUGGGAUGUCUCCGGUCCAUCUUCUGCAUAACUAUCAACGAAAAAGUGAGGAAAGUGGUCAUACGUCUCUGGCGCAUUCAGACUUCGAGAACGACAAUUGGGAUCCGGCCGAUACGUUUGCCAACUCUUCAAGUCACCGAGAUAUCGGUGUUCCUGAAGUCAGUCGUGGUGGAUCGCAAUUAGAAAUGAGGGAAGUUGCAGACGUGAGGGUUCUAGAAUCUAGAGCUUCACAAAGGGUAUCCACGUCAUCUCGGAUAGCUCGAACACAACACGAGAUCGAUAUUAGUCCGUCGAGUUUUUCCUUUGCGAAAAGAUGAUCGAAACCAAUGAUAUAAAACGUGUUAAACGGUUGAAUCUCGUGUAUUGACCUGAUGAUUAAGAUAUUCGCGUGAUCUAGAUUCGAGUUGUGCUACUCGCAUUAUUAUUAGGGUUUUGCUUUAUUCUUAUAAUUCACAAAGAAAAACAUGUUAGAAUUUGUAUUAUUAGGUUUUAUUAGAUUCAAUGUUGCAUCAUAAUGUGUUAGAAUUUGAUAGGAUAAUUGCUUGUAAUUUUGGAAAUUACUUUUGAAAUAAAAUUGCUUAAUUUUUA